GUCCGAGGGUAGAAAGAGUGCCAGGAGGUUCAAAGCACUUGGGUCUUUUUGUACUAGGUCUGAGCCCCUGGCACCAUGUCCCGAGUCUCAGUGCCCUGUCACGUGAAAGGCACUGUAUCCUUACAAGUGGGCGACAUGAGGAGCUCCCAAGGUCGUCCUGGCGUGCUGGUCAUCGAUGUCACCUUCCCUAAUGUCGCGCCUUUCGAGUUGCAGGAGAUCACAUUUAAAAAUUACUACACAGCCUUUGUGAGCAUCCGUGUCCGUCAACACACCUCAGUGCACACACCAAGCAAAUGGGUGACCUGUCUACGGAACUAUUGUCUGAUGCCUGACCCACACAGUGAAGAGGGAGCGCAGGAUUAUGUAUCCUUGUUCAAGCACCAGAUGCUGUGUGACGUGUCCAAAAUACUGGAGCUGCGUCUGAUUCUGCGACAGCCAUCACCACUAUGGCUAUCAUUCACAGUGGAAGAGCUACAAAUCUACCAUCAGGGACCUAAGAGUCCUUCUGUGGCCUUCCCCAAGUGGCUCUCCCAUCCAGUGCCCUGUGAACAGCCUCCUCCACUCCCUGAGGGUCUUCCAGACCCCAGCCGAGUAUCCUCCGAAGUACAGCAGAUGUGGGCACUGACAGAAAUGGUCCGGGCCAAUCACACUUCUACAAGGAUCGGCCGCUUUGAUGUGGAUGGCUGUUAUGACCUGAAUUUACUUUCUUACACUUGAAUGGAAACUCCUCCCUGAGACUUGGAUCCAUCGAGGCUUGAGCCACCAGAAACCACAGAAGCCUUUUCCCUGUGUAUUUUGAGUAUUGCCUGACUGUGUGUUCUGGUUUGGGCCACGCACAAAGAUUCAAAACUCACCCGGCUCACUGAAUAGCUUCAGUAUGACUUCCUGACUGGGGUUGGGGUGGGAGGUUGCACUGUGUCUUUGCCUGCAAUGCAAUCCCUUCUCCUACCCUGCAAAUAUACAAAUAAGAAUACUUA